GAAGAAGCAUACCAGCAGAGAAAUCCUCUAAACCCUAGCAACCCUGGUUGCGAUCGUUUGAUUCUUUUCAUUUCCGCACUUCCGCAGCCAUGGCCGCCGCAACCUUCUCAGCCGCCGGCCGCCGGCUCCUCUCCACCGCCGCCAAGGCCGCUGAGAAAACCGAGCUCCCUGUACCUAUCGCCGAGCUUCGCCGGCUCGCCCGCGCAGGCCGCCUCGCCGACAUCGACGCGACCUUGGCGCCGCUGCUCCCCUCCCACACCGUCGCCGCGCUCUCCGCCCUCACCUCUGUCGGCCUCCCCGACCGCGCCUCCGCGCUGCUCGGCACCAUCCCGUCGCCCACCGCCGCGCACCUCAACGCUGUCCUCGCCCCGCUCCUCCGCCGCCGCCGGCUGGCGGGGCUCGUGCCAUCCAUCCUCGCCGCGCACGCCUCCAUCCCGCGGGACGCCUCCACGGACAGCAUCCUCGCCAAAUCUCUCUGCCUCACCUCCGGCGCCGACUCCGCGCUCCACCUCCUCCGGGAGCCGUCGUCGGGGGCGCCGCCGUCGCUGCAGCUCUUCACCGCCCUCAUCGACUCCUUCUACAAGCAGCGCCUCCCGCAUCGCGCUGAGGAGCUGUGGCGCGCCAUGGUGCAGGACCACGGCAUCGCCCCCGACGCCGCCGCCUACAACGCCCGGAUCUCCUACAAGUCCGCCAACGGCACGGUGGACGAGGUCAAGGAGCUGAUCCGCGUCAUGCGCGAGGAGGCCGGGCUCCAGCCGGACGUCGUCACCUACAACGCGCUGAUGCGGGCGAUGGCCCGGCACAAGAGGGUGGACGAGGCGGUGGAGGUGUACCGCGGCCUGGAGGCCGGGGAGGUGGCGGACGUGGCGCCCGACUGCGCGACGUACACGUGCGUGGUGGGCGCGCUGUGCGGCGCGGGGCGGUGGUCGGAGGCGGAGGACGUGUUCUACGAGGGGGUGAAGCGCCGCAAGCUGGCCGACCUCGGCACGGUGCGCGUGCUGGUGCGCGGGCUCAAGGGCGCGGGCAAGGGGCGCGCGGCGAGGCGGGUGGUGGUCGGCCUGCGCAAGAAGUUCCCCGAGCAGUUCGACGGGCCGUGGAGGGAGCUCGAGGAGGCGGCCGGGCUGCCGGCCUCUGGCAAGGAGGACGACGGCGCCGACGAGCAGCCACCGGCGGCGACGGCCGCCGCGUGAGCUGCUUGGCGAGCGACUUCAAAAACGGUGGCGAACUUGAAUAAUUGAAUUGACAGAUUACAAGAACGCUCGAGUAUUAGCUGCUCGUUUGUCCUUUUGGGUGUUCUGAGAAAAGAUUGCUCGUUCAGUUGACACCUCCAGUGUCGUAUAUUAUUGAUACGAUCAAACGCUUGAUUUCGUUGUUUCUA